AUGGCUGCCUGGCAGAUAUUGGCCUUCAUGGUGGCUUCACUCAGCACUCUUCUCUACGUGAUUCUUCAGUUCUUUCACAGCUUCCUCAGCUGCGCUCCAAAGCCAUUUUUUCUCGUGAGUUUGGUCAAGCUGUUUGUCCACACUUCGAAGAACGUUCGCAUUCGGAGCUCCCAGCUUCUCUACUGGUCCUUCUUUCUUCAGGGAGCUGGUUCCAGGUAUCAUUAUAUGUGAUUGACUUGACAAAAUCUCUCUCUCUCUCUCUCUCUCUCUCUCUCUCUCUCUCUAUAUAUAUAUAUAUAUAUAACUAUAUAUCUCAUUCCUUUCUUGUUCCUUGUGCUUCCUCCGUUCAGUUCCACAGCAAAUGUGGAGUAUGCCCACAGAGCUGCUCUGAGGAAGCAUGCCGUCUGGUCAAGCAUCGCCAUUGAUCUUCUUCUGGGAAACGUCCUGGGUCUCCUCCUGCUCGUUCAUCAGGAAGGCAUAUGCUUGUGGGUACCCUGGGCUUCCCGCAGCAUCACUGACAAUCUUCUGCGGUCGGGCUCUGUGUGGCUCAUGGGUGUUCCUGCAGGGUUCAAGCUGAACACUGAGCUGGCAGAGCUCUUCGGCUUGGUCUCGCUCAACGCCAUCCAGAUUUGGUCAACUCUGUGGUUCUACAUGGGGUUCCUUUUCAGAUCCACCCUCACUGGGCUUGCCUUCUCUGGAAUGCUCCUCGGAGCAACCAUUCCUGCUGCUCUGUGCAUUGACUUGCUGAAACUGGCAACACUUCAUGUGACGGUGCUCCACAGGUUCAUCUCCUUCCUGUAUUCCCAGCAGAUCUGGGCGUUGACUUCCCUGUGGCGCCUCUUUAGGUAAGUCCUGACCUGGGUCUGCACGCUCUCUUAAACCACACACAGUUGACCUCUUUUUUUUUUUCUUCCACAAAUCUAACGGACCCAUCUACAAAAUUAUUUCUGUUUUUUUUUUGUGAACGCAAAUAAUGAUUUAAAUAAUAAAAUAGUAGUCAUUAUCCCUAUACUAAUCAUGAGAUUAUUACUAUUUUUGUUUCAACGGCAGGGGCCAGAAGUGGAAUCCCCUCCGGUUGAGGCUCGACAGUUUCGACUACUCUGUGGAGCAGCACGUCGUCGGCUCCCUCCUCUUCACCCCGAUCCUGUUGCUGCUCCCCACAACGUCCGUCUUCUACAUCUUCUUCACCAUUGUCAACUCCUCCAUCAGCCUCCUCUGCAUCACGCUCGAGGUUGGCAUCGCCGUCCUCCACGCCACCCCUUACGCCGAGGUUUUCCUGUGGACGGUGAGCCGGCGGAGGUUCCCCUCGGGGCUAUGGCUCCACCUUGAAACCCUAAAUCAUCGGCAAGAAGAAGAAGAAGAAGAUGAUUCCAUAGAACAGCUGGUCUCGUCCCUCCGAAGCAACUAUGCUAAAAUGGGUAAGGAUGAUUUCACGUCCGAUUCUUCCCCGAUUGUGGGAUUCUCCUUCUGUGCCCAGCACCUGAUGUCCCAGUUGGUGAUUUCUUGCGCUCAGGUCAGAUCUUGGGACCUCGCUACAGAAGUAUCUUCAGGGGGGUCUCCCUUUCCACUGGUUCGUCCUCGAUCUAUGGAGUUCUCAGUGGGCAGAGGUAGGUCACCCCUCUGAGGAACACUACUAGGAUCUAAUGGUUUUUACCUCAGCUGUGCAAUUAUUUAUGAUCUGGCGCGAUUUCUUCUGUGUUCUUGCAGGGUCCCCUCGACGCUGGGAGUGGGUCUUCCGGUGGCCAUGCCAUGGACGAACGUCAGAUCCGGCGUGUACUGGCGGCUCUGCAGAUCCUCCGUCCUCGCUUGCGGGGCCGGCCAGCGGAGCGAGCUGUAG